CUGUGAAAACAAUUUAACCAAAAAAAAAACUGCGGUUGUUUUCGUUAGAUUAAUAAAAAAAAAUGAUUGCUUAAUAAAGUUUAUAAAAAUAAAAUGUGGUCUCUCUUUUAGUUUGUGUCAAUAUUUAAUGCGCACCUUGCAUUGGUGCCUUGUGGUAUAUAAUCAAACACGUUUUGAAUAAAUUUAACCACUCCAAACUGCCUCAUAUCGCUAAUAUCGAUUGACAAAUAUGGAAUUGCAGUGCAAAGCUUUGCAUUAUGAUUGGGGCAAAGUUGGCUCUGAGAGUAUAGUUGCUAGGCUGUUACAUAGUGCUGAUUCUAGAAUUGACAUAGAUCAAACAAAACCUUAUGCUGAGUUAUGGAUGGGAACUCAUCCUAAUGGUCCUUCUCUAAUUAUUGAGAGAAAUAUUUUAUUGUCUGACUACCUCAAAGAAAAUCUUGAUGCCAUUGGGCCAGCUGUAAGGAAAAAAUUUGGUGUAGCCAUACCUUUCCUUUUGAAGAUAUUGUCUAUCAAAAAGGCCCUGUCUAUACAAGCCCAUCCCAACAAGGAACAUGCUGAACAGCUACACAAAAACUUCCCUGAUAUGUACAAAGAUCCAAAUCACAAGCCCGAGAUUGCCAUUGCCUUGACAUCAUUUGAGGCUCUUUGUGGAUUUAGGCCUUUGUCUGAAAUCAGGGAGUUCUUAAAAAAACUUCCUGAACUUACCAACAUUCUAUCCAAAGAAGCUGUUCACAGAGUGCUCACUAAUCAGGAUCAAGGAGACAAUGACAAAAUUCUAAGGCCAUUGUUUGAGUCACUGAUGACUUGUGAAAAAGCUUCUGUUUCCAACAGCUUGCAAAACUUGAUCAACAGGCUUGAGAAAGAUGAUGCAUCAAAUCAAACAUUUUUACUCUAUUCUCUUCUGCGUCGCUUACAUAGUGAUUUCCCUGGAGAUGUUGGCUGUUGGGGUCCAUACUUCUUGAAUUAUAUUGUGCUGCACCCAGGCCAAGCUAUUUUCUUGAAGCCGAACCUGCCACACGCCUACUUGAGUGGAGAUUGUGUAGAAUGCAUGGCAUGUUCUGAUAAUGUGAUCCGUGCUGGCUUGACUCCGAAACAUAUUGAUGUGCCCACACUAGUCGAUAUGCUGGACUAUAAUAGCUAUGGAAAAGAUCAACUCCUAUUCCACCCCCAAUUAGAAGAUGCAAAUAGUUGUAUUUGGCGUCCUCCGGUGCCUGAUUUUGCUGUUGUGAAGAUAAAUGUGGUGGGUCCGGAGCCGUACAACACCCAGAUCCGGCCCAGUCCGAGUCUCCUCAUAGUGACGUCAGGGGCGGGCUCGGCGUGCGACACGGAGCCGGUGCCCGUCCGUGCCGGGGUCGUGCUGUUCCUGAAGGCGAGCCGUCAGCUCACACUCACGCCCACAGCUGACGGGCACAUCGAGGCCUACCAGGCCAUAUGCAACGUAUGACGGUACCGAUACGCGUUGAUCACCGACGUCCAACUGCCAGAGUAGGUAAUAAUACCUACUCUAAACGGUUAACCAACAUAAUUGUAAACAACUCUCGAUGAUAUCUUAAAGCUUUAAAAUUUUUAAUCCAAUAUUUAAAAUAAAUAAUUGUUUAAAAAAGCUAAAACAUAAUACACUUUUUAAAAAAUCCAACCAAAUAAUAGAAAAUAAAUUUUAAUAAAUCUGAAUUAAAAAUAGUGUAAGAAAAAAUGACUUCAGGAUAUUAUCAAAAUAACCCUUCUACUUAUAUCUGUUCAUAAAAUAUUUAUAACUACUGAUAACAUGCACCCCACGCUUUUUUUUACAAUAAAAUCAUUUUUUCUUACACUAUUUUUAAUUCAAAUUUAUUAAAUUUUAUUUUCUAUUUUUUAGUUGGAUUUUCUAUAAAAGGGUAUUUUGUUAGUUUUUAUAAACUAUUAUUUAUUUUUCAUUUUUAGUUGAAUUUCAAUUUUGUCAUAUAUUUUUUUAAUUUUUUCUUAAUAUUAAAUUGUCAUCGGUCCUUAAUAAGUAUACCAAAUUUUGAGUUAAUCCGACGUUUUGAAGGCGUCAAAAUCAUGUUCAAAGAUUCUAACUACUUACUAACAUACAUAUGUCUGAAGCUAAUAAAAGCGUAUUACAAACGGUAACUAGGGUAGUCAAAUAUUAUCGUGAGCUGUAUACAUACAACGUAAUAAGCUUGGUUGACCUAAAUUAAACUUGAAGAUUCAAAUUGUGAUUUUUAUAUACAUAAUUGCUGUGGAGGUAUCACGUCCGAAUAUAUUUAAAGCAGUGACUCAUAGUCUACAAAGAAAACUUCUGAAUCAUGUAUCUUUGUAGAAUUACACAAAACGAAUACCUUAAAAUUAAACAUUUGCUUACAAUGUCAAUGCGAUGAAUUAUUGUAGGUAUACAAGUAGGUAUGUACGUACAACCAGCAUACAGGGUAUAAUCUGUAGAACAUAAAAAAGACCGCCAAAAUUAAAAAUUUUAAUAAAAAUCUUGUCAUUAAACGCAAAUUCGUAAUAUUUGGCGUGGUUGUUGAUUAAACAUUGACUUGUACGAGAUAACUGAAUCCCCGACCAAAUUGUAUAUUAUAACUUCUAAUAGUUAGUUUUAGUCGACCUAAAUAUACCUUUACAUUUCAUAAAUUAAAUGGUUCUCAGUAUAUUUAUUAUAAAUAAAAUUUGUAUCUUCAAGUUGGCGGUAUUUGGAUGUCCGAGAUGAAAUCUGUGUUAAGGAUACACUUUGUUUCUAUUAAAAUACAAAAAAAAAACUUCAAUAUCACUAAUUAUAUUAUAGCGUUUCGUUAUCAAUGUUUCUGAAAUAACUAGAUGAAAAUAAUGUAGUACGUUCGUUUACUACAUCUAUUGAUAGAAAUCUAAAGUAUAGAUUGGUAUUAAAUUAAAAAAUAUAUCAUGAUAGAUAGAUAUAAAAUAUAGGAAAGUGGAUAUUCUUGUCUUAGACAGUAUUAGCUUAUUACAUAUUACUUGCCAGUUAAUUAAUACCUAUUCCGCAUUUUAUGUAGAGAAUUUUAAAAUUUGUUAUACAAUUUAGGAUAAUAAAUUCUGUAAAAUGACAUUUAAAGAAGACAUUUGAAAGGUCCACUGCAAGAAUGAUCAAUGUUUACUUUUUUCAUAAUUUUAUUUUAAUUAUACAACGGUAAAAAAAAUUUUCAUUUCAUUAGUACACGUUUUGUAAUAUUAUAUAUUACUUCUUUGACACAUAAUCGUUCUUAUGAUAUUAAAUAGUAAUAACAAUGAAUUAAAUCUCAGAUAAGUCUCUAUACGUCAGGAUAUAUGAUACCUAUAAUGAUCAGGGACGUCUUAAAUUAGGAUGGGGCCCUUGGGCACACAAGAAUUUGAGGCUCUUUUGGAAAGUAAAAAAGCGAAUUAUAAUAACAUUUUUUACUGAGUAUGACCAUUUAUUAUAGGUAAGUAAUCAAAUACAGUAUGAUAUAAUAUGUCAUUAAUGAUAUUAGAAUGCUGCUGGUUUUUUGGUUACGAUUUCGAUAACGGUUUCUUUCGGGAUUUCUGUUGAGCAAAAUCUUCUAUUAUAGUCAUAGUAAAUACCUUCUGAUUACUGAUUUGUGAAAAAAGUGUAAUGUGCCCGACAAAAAUGUUUUGAGAAUAAGCGUGUGAGAGAAAUUGUCGGUCUUUCGGGGCCCCCUGAGAAUGGGGGCCCUGGACACGGGCCCCGUGUGCCCUUAUGGUAAAGACGGUAUUGAUAAUGAUAACUGUCCAGUCAUCUCUUCGAGUUAAUAAUGAUCGUUGUCUAAAUGACUUGUUUAUAUUAGCUUCUGAUUAUUGUAUUUGCAAUAUGAUGAAGUGCAUAGUGAUAACCUUUCGCUUCAGGUUUACAGAACUACUUCAAAAACUGCAGGUCCCUGCAUUUCACUUUUAAUAUAGGUUAGAAACUCUAUCUUGAUACGCUAAAUCAGUUAGCUCAGAGAUGAAACGGAUAUCCGGUAACUAUCCGGUAUCCGGCCCAUCCGGCCAUGGCAUGGACAUUUAUCGUUAUUGUCGUGAACACGAGGGAUGCUCAUCGUAACUGAUCAAUAUUAUUAAAUUUGUUAAUGAGAUUGACAACUCCUGUCAUGUUUCCGAAUGGAAUUCUCAGUUACAAAUGUAAUAAUUUUAGUGGAUCUUUCAUUUAAAUACUAAGCUAUUUAUCAAUGUGUAUUAUUUAUCGAUUAUGUAAGACAUGUUAAAACUAGAAAAAAGUGCGAGAAAAAUUAGGACACUGUAUUUCAUACGAUGUGAUGUGUACAAAGAUUAUUUUAUAUUAAUGAAUAGUUGUAAUAUGAAAGUUCCUUUGGGGUAGUGUUCUAAAACCUAUCAUAUCACGCGCAUUGUUAUUUAACGGGUUCUUACUUAGCCCAUUGAGUUUCUCGCCGGACCUUCUCAGUGAGUCGUGAUUCCGAUCCGGUGGUAGACUCUGCGAAGCACUGCUCUUGCUAGGGCUAGUGUUAGCAAAUUCUCACAGGUUGAGCCCGUGAGCUCACCUACCCGUCCGGGCGUAACUGGAAUAACCUCUUAGGCUUCUAUCGAAUAGGUUGGGAAAAAAAGGGUUUUUACCACGAUUUUCACAUAAAAUCUUUUUUUUCCUAUCUAAUCGCUAGGAGCCUAAGGGGCUAUAUCAACUUCGCGCGGACCACUAGGUGAAUUCACGGGUUCAACCGCAGUGAAUUUGCUAACACUAGCCCUAGCAACAUCUGUGCUUCGUUGAAUCUACCAGUAAAUUAGAAUCGGCACCCAUUGAGAAGAUCCGGCGAGAAACUCAGUCUAUGGGGCAUUUAAUCAGCUCCGGAUGUAACAUAUAUAUAAGUAUAUAAUAUAUAUUGGAUUUAACAUGUUUAUGUCCUAAAGUAUAUAUUGCUAUUGUAAUAUAUACAUAUCUAGAUCUAGAAAGUUACCUACAUGUUUAAAAAUUGACGAAUUUCGUGAUGUAACCUUUCCGUCAGAAAAAAGCCCUAAAUGUAUAUUUAUUACUUUACAAUCUCUAAUUUUAUUAGUUUUUUUUUUUAGAAUGAUCUUGACAUAUUCCAGUAUAAAACUACAAAUUUAUUAUUUUAUUAUUAUAUACUACUAGUUUUUUUUUAAUAUUCGAUUUAUUCGAUAAGCACCUAUUCUUAUACCAAAGUUAAAAUUAGAGAUCCUCGCUGUUGAUUAUCAUUAUAAUAAACCAGAAUUCAUUUAACAUUUUAAAAAAUCGUAAUUGUUAUUAGUAUACGCUCGUAACACUAGACACCACUCAUAUUUAGCAAAUUUUCCGCCGAAAAAGAAUGUAGCAAAUACGUUUUAAUCGUAAUAAAGUAUGAUAUUAGUGAAAAUUACAAAGAUAAUUUUCAAUCGACGAUAGCUGUGCGGUUGAAUUAUAAAUGUACUUAAUUAUUAUAAUGAGAUGUACCUCAUCAUGUUACUUUAAAUAUAAAAUCAUAUCUCCUAGAGCAAUCUAAAACUACCGGGCUAUCUGACUUCUAAAACGAAUUUAUAUUCAUUUACUAACAAUAGUUUUUUUAAAUGAAUCUUCAAGCAUUUUCACUGUACAUUUCGUCAUGAAUAUAAACCCCCUGUUGUUUAUUUUUAUAUUAUAUAUUGUGUUAUUUUUAAUAAAAAUAAAUUUUAUUUUCUUAAUUAUUUAAUUUAUGUUCCUUAAAUCGUGUGCUUAUUUUUAUUGCGUUGUUAAUUUAUAUUAAAAUGAAUAGUAAAAAAAAAA